AUGGUGAUUUACAGCUAUACAAUACCUAAUGUAAGGUGGUUGAGCAAAGGUUUUGUACUUCAACGAUUUUUCGCAAUAUUGGACGAGAUCAAGUUAUUCCUUUCUAGCAGUGAUCAAUUAUGUGCAAAAGACUAUUUGGAUUUCCUUGAAAUAAAAGAACAUGUCAUAUCUAUCGCUUUUUUGACAGAUAUAUUUAAACAUAUCAACGAUUUAAAUUUCAAACUACAGGGUAAAGGAAAAUUAGUGUGCCAUCUACUGUCAGAAAUCAAAUGUUUUUCAAGGAAAAUGGAUCUAUUUUGUGAAGAUAUAGAAAACGAACGUUUGCACUUUCCUAACUUAAAUACUGUUUUUGAUGACGCUGAAGAUAAUAAUGAUAUUGACCUCAAUCAAUUCAUUAAUUUUAUAAAGAAACUUAAAUCUGAAUUUGAAGAUAGAUUUACUGAUUUCAAAAAAAUUGAGAAUGUAGUGCAAAUUUUGAAUAAUUGUUUUUCUUUACAUCCCAACGGCGAAUGGAGUAGUGAAGCCACAAGCGUUUUUGGCUCUAAUAAAGCUGCCCUACAGAUGGAGAUAAUCGAAUUUCAGGAAGACUUGAGUUUAAAGGAAAAAUUUAUUCAAGUCACCAACAAUUUACAGUACGAUCAAUUCUGGAUGAAAUACGUUUGUUCAAGUAAAUACCCAGAACUAAAAUGCUUGGUUUUAAAACUGUGUACAAUGUUUGGAUCAACAUAUGUUUGUGAAGCCGCUUUUUCUAAGAUGAACUUCAUUAAAAACAAUUUCAGAUCUCGGUUAACAGAUGAACACCUUAACGAGUUAAUGCAAAUCAGUUGCACCAACUUCACACCAAAUAUUAGGAAGCUCGUGAAAACUAAAAAAUGUGCAUAA